AUGCGGCACUGUCCCGAGCGGCAGUCAGCCAUGGCCCGGCCAGCCUGGCGUCGGCGGACCCUGGAGCGGUGCCUGAGGGAGGUCGGUAAAGCCACCGACAGCCCAGAGUGCUUCCUCACCAUUCAAGGUGAACUGGCAUCAAAGUUUACUUCUUUGACAAAAGUACUUUAUGAUUUUAAUAAAGUACUAGAGAAUGACAGGAAACAUGGGAGUCCUUUAGAAAAAUUGAUGAUAAAUAAUUUCGAUGAUGAGCAGAUUUGGCAACAAUUGGAACUACAAAAUGAACCAAUUUUACAGCACUUCCAGAGUACAGUUAGUGAAACCAUUGAAGAUGAAGACAUCAGUCUUCUCCCAGAGAGUGAAGAGCAGGAGUGUGAAGAAGAUGUGAUGGAGCUGGAGGCUGCUGGCCAGGAGGACCUGGAACAAGAUUUAGAGGAGGAGGAGGUGGAGGAAGCAGAGGAAGAGGAAGUGUCAGACCUGAGUGCUGAUGAUCCUGAAGCAGAUGAGAGAGCCAAAAACUCAAGCAAAUUGGAUCUGAGGAAAAGCCCAGAUUUCAGCGAUGAGGACUCUGAUCUUGAUUUUGAUAUCAGCAAACUGGAACGUCAGAGCAAGGUGCAAAGCAGAGUGCCUAGGAAACCAACAGAAAAGUCCAUAGUAGAUGAUAAAUUCUUCAAGCUCUCUGAGAUGGAGACCUUUUUAGAAAACAUGGAAAAGGAAGAGGAACACAGAGAUGACCAAGAGGAAGAUGAUAUUGAUUUUUUUGAAGAUGUGGAUUCCGAUGAAGAUGAAGGAGGACUGUUUGGAGGCCAGGAUCUUAAGUCAGGUAAAAGUUCCAGAAACCUGAAAUACAAAGAUUUCUUUGAUCCAGUUGAAAGUGAUGAAGAUGUAGCAAGUGUCCACGAUGAUGGGAAUGAACUGGCUUCAAAUAAAGAGGAAGAGAUUGCUGAAGAAGGAGAAGAAAGCAUUUCUGAGACGGAUGAAGAUGAUGACCUUGAAGAAAGUGGAGACAGUAAACAACAUAAAGAAACCUUGAAAAGAGUGACCUUUGCUCUGCCCAAUGAUGAGGACACUGAAGAUACAAAUGUCUUAAAUGUACAGAAAGACUAUGAUGAAGUCAAAUCCUCUUUUGAAAAAAGACAAGAGAAGAUGAAUGAAAAAAUUGCAUCUUUGGAAAAAGAGUUGUUGGAGAAGAAACCUUGGCAGCUUCAAGGAGAAGUGACAGCGCAGAAGCGGCCCGAGAACAGCCUCCUGGAAGAGACCCUGCACUUUGACCACGCCGUGCGCAUGGCACCUGUGAUCACAGAGGAAACCACUCUCCAACUAGAGGAUAUCAUUAAGCAGAGGAUAAGAGAUCAGGCUUGGGAUGAUGUUGUACGCAAAGAAAAGCCUAAAGAGGAUGCAUUUGAGUAUAAAAAGCGUUUAACACUGGACCACGAAAAGAGUAAACUGAGCCUUGCUGAAAUUUACGAACAGGAGUACAUCAAACUCAACCAGCAAAAAACAGCAGAGGAAGAAAAUCCAGAGCAUGUAGAAAUCCAGAAGAUGAUGGACUCCCUCUUCUUAAAGUUGGAUGCGCUCUCAAACUUCCACUUUAUCCCCAAGCCACCUGUUCCAGAGAUUAAAGUGGUAUCAAAUCUGCCCGCUGUCACCAUGGAGGAGGUUGCCCCCGUGAGUGUCAGUGACGCAGCCCUCCUGGCCCCAGAGGAGGUCAAGGAGAAAAAUAAAGCUGGAGAUAUAAAAACAGCUGCUGAGAAAACAGCUACAGACAAGAAACGAGAAAGGAGGAAAAAGAAAUAUCAAAAGCAUUUGAAAAUAAAGGAGAAAGAAAAGCGGAGAAGACUUCUUGAAAAGAAUAACCCAGACCAGGCAGGGAGAUACACCAAAGCAGCAGCCUCUGAGAAGCUGAAACAGCUGACCAAGACGGGCAAAGCCUCUCUGCUAAAGGAUGAAGGUAAAGACAAAGCCUUAAAAUCAUCUCAGGCAUUCUUUUCUAAACUACAAGAUCAAGUGAAAAUGCAAAUCAGCAAUGCAAAGAAAACAGACAAGAAAAAGAAGAAAAACCAGGAUAUAUCGGUUCAUAAAUUAAAGCUGUAA